CUAGCAGGCGCAUGAAAAAGGCUCGCAGACGGAACUACAAUCUGGGGAAGUACCGCGGAGUGAGGAAGCGAGGGGAGUUCCGGUAUGUUGCAGAGAUCAAGGACACGAAUGGUGGGAUCCGGAAGUGGCUGGGGACGUUUCCCACCGCAGAGGAGGCUGCUCUGGCAUUCGACCAAGCGGCUGUGGAGAUCCGAGGAGCAAAGGCCAAGCUUAACUUUCCAGAGAAGUUUGCUCAGGGCGAGGGAGGAGAUGUCAUCAGGAGGGUUAAGUUCCAUAUAUCCACCUUCCCUGAGGAGAGGAAAGCCUCCCAAGUACCCCUCCGAGAGAGAGAGAGAGAGAGAGAGAGAGAGAGAGAGAGAGAGAGAGAGAGAGAGAGAGAGAGAGAGAGAGAGAGAGAGAGAGAGAGAGAGAGAGAGAGAGAGAGAGAGAGAGAGAGAGAGGAUCGACAGGGUAAUCCCAGUGCCACGACAAGGAAUUGCAUUACAACUUCAGCCCACAUCCCGAAGAAAAUAUGCUAGAUUUGAGGUUGAUAGUGUUUGGAGAUUA